AAUGGGAUGUUCCGUCCGUGUGUCUCUAUCUAUCUGUGUGUGUCUCUGUGUGUGUCUUGUCACUCGGCCAUGAACAAGGGGUCGGGCCAGAUGGCCUCGCUGUCUCCAGGCAGCUCCUCGGGCAUCGAUAUGCCAAUCCCCUGCUCCCACCACGUGGGGGGCAGGUCAUUAUCUCCAUCCUCAUCCCCCGGCAGGCCGCACCCCAUACCCAAGCCCAUACCGCCCAUCGUCGACAGUAUCAGGCUGCUGUCGCUGCAGUCGAUCAUCCCAUCCUCUGCAUCGCGGCAAACCUCUGCCUCCGUCCAGGCCGUGUUGCUCGGCCUCUCCACCUCGUGGCCCCACUCAGACGAGCACCCAGGGGCCUCCUCCUUGUGCUGAUGCUCCAGCUCGUCGGGCUCUGAGUCUGAGUCCGAGUCAACACCGAAACGAGCACUCCAGUAAGCUGACACAUCAACACACACACACACACACACAUGUCAAGAAAUUCCUCCUUGGCCAUCUCACCCGGCAAUCCAUUCACUCACCGUGGUGUGCCGUAUCGUCCGCCCUCUCCCUCCGUGAGUUGUAGAAGAAGAAGCUCGUGCGGUUGAAGUUCAUCAUCCCCGCGUCCUCGCGCCGUGUCGGCGCCGCGUCUUCCUCCUUCUCCUCCUUUGGCAGCUUCUUCUUGGCUUUGGCCUUUGGUUUCGGCUUGGCCUUGGCUUUGGCUUUUUUGGGGGCCGGGGGCUGUUUGCGGGAGGGCGGCGGGGGGCGGCUGUCGGUGUGCGAUGUGGUGGAGGCCUCUCUGUCUUGGGGUCUGCGACGCAUCCGCCUGGAGAGCCGCAGGGCUCUGCCAUCGUCCAGCGUGACAUCCUCCAACUCUGCACGAGUCCACAAACACAAGGAGAGCAGACCAAUAAUAAAUAAUAACAGACCAAUAAUAAUAAUAUAUACAGCCACGGGUCUGAGGUGCGGCUCUUUGGUUCAUAUGAGCGUGUCUCUUUGCUGCCUACUGACCAUUCUCAUCAGUUGGAUGUUUUCGCUUUUGGCCACGGCGGCUUUUGUUUUUGUCCUUGGUCUCACAGCCCGGCCUCCACUCCUCUGUUCCAUCUGCACACACGUGACACACAUGACCGAUGGAUGCAUCCAAUGCAAUGGCUGGAGGUCGCUCGCCCCUUGCCCUCUAUUGUUACCGCUCUUCUUCUUCGAGCGGGUCCUUUUGGCCUUUCCUUUCGAUGCACUCAGCUCCUCGGCGGCCUCUCUCUCUUCCUCCCAGUCUGCAGAUGCCUUCUGCACAGACAGGUGGCCCAUGUCAACUGCAUCCAUCCACAAAAAGCGAAAUGCACACAACGAAAUGUAUACGUGUUUCAUAUGGAUGAGACUCCUGGCCUCCUCGGACCCUUUCCUUCAUCCUCGCUCAACGUACCGUCCAUUUUCGUGUCGUCCAUGGUCGCAGUCGAACACACAUGAGCCGGGGCGCUCACUUGAGCCUGACAUGCAUCGCCACUGCCGCCCUCCCAGACCUUGCGGCCCGCCACAAUAGCUACAUUCGCCGAGGCGCUUGGCGCUCCAACUUGCUAUGGCAUUCCCGAGAAGGGCGUGGGCGGCGGAUAAUAACCGUGAAGGUAGUGGUAGAAGGCCGCUGCAGUGCCCUCAGCCGCACAGCGCGACAAGACAGACGGCGCGUUGGCGCCACGAGGGGGGAGGGGUGGGGGAACGGGCAUGCUGUGUGAAAAGGUAGCAAGAACGACCAGAAAGCUUAAAGGUGCAACAGAGGGAACCUUAAGAGAGC